CAGGCGUAAUGACGCAUCUACUACAUUAAGGGCUUGCAUAAGCGGUUGGGCUGGAAAAAAAGAUCCAUUCUCGGCUUUAAAAUAUAAUAUUUCCGAAAUUUGUCCGUGGGUGUUGCAAACCGUCCUCUGUUUUAAUAAAAGUGUUUUCUUGCAGGUGACCUUUAAUUUGAAGGAGCCUGUCAACAGUCGAGCGUUUUCUUAGCCAAUCACAGAAGAAGGAUGUAGUGACGUCACUCGAUUCAAGAAAUCUCUUCUUGUAUUCAUUUUUUUUUAAACUAUUAUUCGAAAACGACAUCCAAAUCACACAUUCUCCUCCUUUCCCGAUGGGGCGUGUGAACUAACCCGGGGUAGGGAGGAGGUUGGCCGGAGGAAACCUGCAGCUCUGCCAUUGGUUUUCCUUGCUUCUCUGUUAUGGUUUAAAUGUCUGGCGCUGCUUAUGGUAGAGAAUAGAGAUCAACGCAAUCAGAGGGAAAAGAUGGUGACAAAGAUGAUCCGCUCAGAGUACAUGAAGAAAUUCAAAGACCCCAAAUGGGAGACUUACACAAAAUGUUAUGAGGAGAUGCUGAAAUACAGGCUGACCCGCAGACUGCUCGAGCACACACACAAGCCCUGGUUCUGGAGUGGCUCAGACAGUGAUUCAGACUCUGGGGGAAGAAGCCCAGCUCCUCCCAGCCAGAACCAGGGAGAGGCUGGUAUAGCCGGACCAGAGCCGGAGCUGGAGGAGUGUGAUGCUGGGAGGAUGGACGGACAGCAGAGCAGAACCACAGCACCGGUACCCAGGAUUCCAGAAGAUGUGGAGGCGGAAGAUGCACCUGCUAAGGAGUCUGCAGUCCAUGGGCUGCGGUCUAAUGGUAACAGGGAGGCAAGAGUACCGCAGGAGGAGAAAGAGGAGAAAGAGGAGAAAGAGGAGCAGAGAGUCGGCAGCAGAGCCAGUAAACAGUUAACAGCUCUUCACAGAGAUCAAAGGAAAGCCAUGGAAAGACCCCGACCGCAGCAGAAGAAACCCUCCAAAUCUGUAAAACAAACUUGGCGCUCCCAGCGAGUGAGGCCAGCCCCGUUACAGGAGCCUCAAGACGACAGUAAGGAGAGCAGGCAUCCUUUUGCUCUGUACGGCUCAGGGGAAAAGGAUGCUGACAUCGCAGCCCGGAAGACUCAUAACGUAGGCCCCGCAGCUUCGACUACUGAGAUCCAUGAAUCAGCUUUGCGUGCGAAGACCAGGCGGCAGGUGGAACGCCAGUUAACGACCCAGCAAACCAUGCGACGAAGGACCAAGUCUGCUGACCUGGACAAGCCCAGGAAAGUGGUUCAUCCAGACUUUAACCCAUGGCUCACAGAGUACAUGCGCUGCUUCUCUGCCCGUUCCCGAUAGGACAGCUACUGUAUGUCAUGAGAAUUGACGAGAAAACAGAGGCUGAAAGCCAUUAUUGCCUCUCACUUCUGAAGCAUAAACAUUUACAGAUGCAGGAGAGAGCACAGGCCGGACUCAGACAAGGCUCUUGGAUGUUUACCAUCCACACAUUCAGGAUGCAAACUGAUGAAUAUUGAAAUUCCCUGUGUGGUUUACCAAUCCUAAUCUGUACCAUCAUUCACUAUUUUUGUAUAAAUCAAGUUCAUUUUUUACAGAGUAUAAUAAGGCACCUCUUACAAGGUGGACGAUUGUCAGAAAACAUACUUUGUGGUAAAUGAAUGAUUAAUAAUGAAUCAUGGUAAUUCAUACAAUGUCAUAAAUAUUCCGAUGAGCAUGGAUAGGUCAAAAUUAAUCUAGCAGCAACAUGCUUUGAUUUAGCUGUUUUGAAUAAAUCCAACGUUUCCACACUUGACUCAGGCAGGUACUGUAUAACCACAGUGGAACCUCAGGGGGGUGACGAAGAUGGAUGGUGUCACUGAUAGAUGAAGUCUUAAUUUUGAAAAUACUUCUAAAGGAAGAUCAAUUAAAAUGUGAAUAAGUCAUCACUUAGAGUGUACAUACACAAAUCUGUUGUGUUGUCACAUUGGUUGAACUCCAGAAUAUUGCAUCGACACAAACUUAUUUAAUUAGCUGGAAGCUUUUUUC